UUUGAUUAUCGACAUCCCUACCCAAAACGUUUUGCAGUAAAAGCCAACGUGAUUUUGCACUGGUUUCCCUAUUGAGACGCGCAGUAAAGCACUCGGACAGAGUUACAAAUCGGAGAAGUUGAGGGAGUCAGUCAGAAGAAGCACAAUAACCAUACCCAGAGAAACAGCGUAGAGGAUCGGGAGGAUGCCACGAGGAAAGUUCGUUAACCACAAGGGCCGCAGCCGUCAUUUCACGUCACCCGAAGAGCUUCAGCGGGAAUCCGAGGAGUCGGAGGAACAGUCCAGUGGUAGUGGCAGCGGCAGCGAAAGCGAAGACGAGAAGGCCGGUGCCGGAGCAUCCACAUCGAAGCCGAAGACAGUUGCCCAAAAAAAACCUGCCGCUAGUCGUCCUGCCCAAAAGCAAAAGCAACGCUCUGCGGCAGGUGGGGGUAGCUCCUCGGAGUCUGAAUCGGAGGAGGAAUCUGACGAGUCGGAAGGGGAAGCUCGCGAUGCCAAAAAGGGCGUGGCAUCGCUCAUUGAAAUCGAAAACCCCAACCGGGUGACCAAGAAGGCUACGCAGAAGCUAUCGGCUAUAAAGAUAGAUGAUUCUGGCGCCGCCCCAAAGCCUGAGCUUUCGCGCCGCGAACGUGAACAAAUCGAGAAACAGAAGGCGCGCCAGCGGUACGAGAAGCUCCAUGCCCAAGGAAAAACCACCGAGGCAAAGGCAGAUUUAGCAAGGCUAGCUCUCAUCCGGCAACAGCGCGAAGAGGCGGCUGCCAAGCGAGAGGCGGAGAAGAAAGCUUUAGAGGCGACCGGCAAGAAGCCGGGAGCCAAAUAAAAGCCGACCAGCCCUCAACACUUGCAAUCGUAUACCCAAUCCUUAUCCCGAUCCCGAACCGAAACGAAAUGGCAACCGUGCAGCAAGGGCUAAUGGCAAUAAGCUAAGUUAAUUAACCAAGCAGGUCAGCAGGUGUGUCCAUAAGAGAUCCGUAUCCGUGUCGAUUGAAAUGUCGUAGUUUUUCAAGCCUAUCUUUUUGUAAUUGCAAAUUAUAUACAAAUAAAUAACUAUGUGUAAAUGAA